AUGUCGUGGAAACUUACCAAGAAGCUGAAGGAAACCCAUUUGGGUCCUCCCUCCAUCUUCUCUAGAUCCGGCUCAACAUCUACCAUCACAGACAAGGAUGAAAAGCUAGGAGCGCCCCCAACCAGCUCCUCGACUCCUGCCCCUCCGGACAAUGCCAUCGCUGCCUCAGAGGCCAUGGUACAACAACCUGUUCUGACGCCACCGAAGCCCGGUAUCCUCGUUGUCACACUCCACGAAGGUCAAGGAUUCUCCUUGCCCGAGCAGCACCGACAAGCUUUUGCCUCAUCAGGUCAUCAGGGCUCCGUGUCAACUGGCAGCGCGCUGAGCGGCUCCGUGCGGCCAGGAUCGAGGGGUGCCCCGUCCUCCUUUGUAAAUGGCCGACCUCAGACCUCGGGAGGCGGCUUUCAAGGAAUCCCUACCAACCACGGCAGAUUCUCUAGCAAAUAUCUGCCGUAUGCCCUGCUGGAUUUCGACAAGGUUCAGGUCUUUGUCAACUCGGUAUCAGGCAACCCGGAGAACCCGCUCUGGGCUGGCGACAACACUCAAUUCAAGUUCGAUGUUUCCAGAGUGACUGAGCUCGCCGUGCAUUUGUAUAUGCGCAACCCUAACGCAGCACCUGGAACUGGCCGCAGCCAAGACAUUUUCCUUGGCGUUGUGAGGAUUAACCCGCGGAUGGAAUCGAAGCGCCCAUUUGUUGAAGACCCAAAGGCAAGCAAGAAGGAUCGUGAAAAGGCCGCGGCAGAAUUCGCAGAGAAGGAACGGCAGGCAGGCCACAGUGGAGUCCAGUGGGCAGAUGUCCAGUAUGGUACUGGUAAACUCAAGAUCGGCGUUGAAUACGUUGAGAACGUUGCUGGCAAGCUGACCAUUGAGGAUUUUGAGCUGCUCAAGGUUGUUGGCAAGGGCAGCUUUGGCAAAGUCAUGCAGGUGCGCAAGAAGGACACAAACCGAAUUUACGCCCUCAAAACCAUCAGAAAAGCGCACAUCAUCUCGCGGUCUGAGGUUGCGCAUACACUUGCAGAGAGAUCUGUGCUCGCACAGAUUAACAACCCCUUCAUCGUGCCCCUCAAGUUCACUUUCCAGUCUCCAGAAAAGCUGUACUUUGUGUUGGCAUUCGUCAACGGUGGCGAGCUAUUCCACCACCUCCAGAUGGAGCAGCGCUUCGAUGUCAACCGCGCCCGAUUCUAUACGGCCGAGCUUCUCUGCGCACUGGAGUGUCUCCACGGCUUCAACGUCAUCUACAGAGAUUUGAAGCCUGAGAACAUUCUCCUUGACUACCAAGGCCACAUCGCUCUUUGCGACUUUGGUUUGUGCAAGUUGGACAUGAAGGAUGAGGACCGCACCAACACCUUCUGCGGUACCCCAGAGUAUCUGGCACCUGAGCUUCUCAUGGGUCAGGGCUACAACAAGACCGUGGAUUGGUGGACUCUCGGCGUCCUUUUGUACGAAAUGUUGACAGGACUUCCGCCAUUCUACGACGAGAACACCAACGAGAUGUACCGCAAGAUCCUUGGCGAGCCUCUGCACUUCCCCGGUCCCGAGGUUGUGCCUCCUGCUGCCAAGGAUCUACUUACAAAGCUCCUCAACCGAGAUCCGGCAGAGAGAUUGGGUGCUGGAGGCAGUGCCGAGAUCAAGGCUCACCCCUUCUUCCACGCCAUCGAUUGGAGAAAGCUACUUCAGCGAAAGUAUGAGCCUACUUUCAAGCCAAGUGUGGCCGAUGCACUUGACACCAAGAACUUUGACAAGGAAUUCACUAGAGAAGUGCCGCAAGACUCCUAUGUCGAGGGUCAGCCACUGUCCCAGACUGAUCAGGAGCAAUUCGUUGGCUUCAGUUACAACCGACCUUUCGCUCUUGGUGAGGCAGGCGGCAGUGUGAGGGACCCCAGUUUCGUGGGAAGCGUGCAAGACCGUCGACGAUAG